AUGUCUGGCUUUCUCGGAAAAUUAUCUCCGACCAAACGAGUAGCCGGGAACAAUGAUCUUCCUCUGUUUUAUGUAAACCAAACGUCCAUGGAGCCUCAGAGAUGUCCAACAAACGCGCCUAGAGCCUCUGCCACACUCGCCGAGCUUCUAAUGAACGUGGAGGAUGCAAGGAACGAUCAAACAACAACUCGCCGGGCAUUAGAAAUGGCCUCACCUCUCACUUCUUCUGCGUCCUCUUUCAAUUCAUGGACCUCUGCUCCAGCUUCGUCUGUAACAUCAUCCCCGUUUGUUCUCUCUUUCAACGACUUGACAUACAGCGUGAAGAUCCAGAAGAAGUUUGCGCCGCUCGCUUUCUGCGGGAGGUCAUCAAAUGAUUCUGCAGUGAACACUAAGAUACUACUCAAUGGUGUUUCAGGGGAAGCACACGAAGGAGAGAUGAUGGCCGUUCUCGGAGCAAGUGGUUCCGGUAAAUCAACGCUGAUCGAUGCAUUAGCCAACCGGAUCGCUAAAGACAGCCUCAGAGGCUCCAUCACUUUAAACGGGGAAGUUCUUGAAUCCAGUAUGCAGAAAGUCAUAUCCGCUUACGUCAUGCAAGACGACCUUCUCUUCCCGAUGCUCACCGUGGAGGAAACUCUAAUGUUCUCCGCAGAGUUUAGACUCCCUCGCUCACUCUCCAAGAAGAAGAAGAAAGCAAGAGUACAAGCUUUGAUCGACCAGCUGGGACUAAGAAGCGCUGCGAGAACAGUGAUUGGUGAUGAAGGACACAGAGGCGUCUCUGGAGGAGAAAGGAGACGUGUUUCAAUCGGAAUCGACAUCAUCCAUGACCCGAUCAUCCUCUUCCUCGACGAGCCAACCUCAGGGCUUGACUCAACGAGCGCUUACAUGGUCAUCAAAGUGCUUCAGAGAAUCGCACAGAGUGGAAGCAUAGUCAUCAUGUCCAUACAUCAACCAAGUUACAGAAUCAUGGGCUUGCUCGAUCGGCUUAUCUUCCUCUCCAGGGGAAACACAGUCUACAGCGGCUCACCAACACAUCUCCCUCAGUUCUUUCAAGAAUUCCAACACCCGAUUCCUGAGAACGAGAACAAAACAGAGUUCGCGCUCGACCUUAUCCGGGAGCUGGAGAACUCAGCAGAAGGUACCAAGGCGCUUGUUGAGUUCCACAAGCAAUGGCGAGCAAAGCAGGCACCACCAAGCAGCUACGAGAACAAUGGCAACAGAAACGUCAACGUCUCUCUCAAAGAAGCGAUUACCGCGAGUAUCUCCAGGGGGAAACUCGUCUCCGGAGCAACAAACAACAACUCAUCAAACCUAAAACCUUCGUUCCAAACUUUCGCUAAUCCUUUCUGGAUUGAAAUGAUCGUCAUAGGCAAACGCUCUAUCCUAAACUCGAGGAGACAACCGGAGCUAUUUGGAAUGCGACUAGGAGCUGUUAUGGUCACCGGAAUCAUCCUAGCUACAAUGUUCAUGAAACUAGACAAUUCCCCUAAAGGCGUCCAAGAGCGUUUAGGGUUCUUUGCAUUCGCAAUGUCUACAACUUUCUACACAUGCGCGGAAGCAAUUCCGGUAUUUCUACAGGAGCGUUACAUAUUCAUGAGAGAAACCGCUUACAACGCUUACCGGAGAUCAUCGUACGUCCUCUCUCAGUCCAUAAUCUCGAUCCCUUCUCUCGUAUUCCUCGCCGGAAGCUUCGCAGCCACCACGUUCUGGGCCGUUGGUCUCGGCGGCGGCGCCAGCGGUUUCCUCUUCUUCUUCUUCACCAUUUUGGCCUCGUUUUGGGCCGGAAGCUCCUUCGUGACGUUCCUAUCCGGCGUCGUAUCGAAUGUAAUGCUCGGAUUCACCGUAGUUGUAGCGAUCCUCGCCUAUUUCCUCCUCUUCUCCGGAUUCUUCAUCUCUCGAGACCGGAUCCCUCUCUACUGGAUCUGGUUCCACUACCUCUCCUUAGUGAAAUAUCCUUACGAGGGGGUUCUGCAGAACGAAUUCGAGGAUCCGACGAAAUGCUUUGUCCGAGGGAUUCAGAUUUUCGACAAUUCGCCGCUUGGGCAGGUUUCGGACGCCGUGAAAUUAAAUCUCCUGAAGAGCAUGAGCGGCGUUUUGGGGAUCAAUAUGACGGCAGAGACAUGCGUGACUACAGGAAUCGACAUUCUGAAGCAGCAAGGGAUUACAGAUAUUGGCAAAUGGAAUUGUUUGUGGAUCACUGCUGCUUGGGGAUUCUUCUUUAGGAUUUUGUUUUACUUCACACUGUUGAUUGGGAGUAAGAACAAACGGAGAUGA